AUGCUGCGCAUCCUCAGUCUUGCCCUUUUGAAGGGGAUGCUGGCAUCCGAAGACCUUCCCCCCACGCAGGCGUUGCAGGGAGACGACGAGUGCCGCGGCGACGACGCCUGCGCGGUGAACGCCCUGCAGGUGAAGGCCACAGACGCGUCCGGUCGCGAUGAGCCGGAGGACACGGUGGCGGACCUGGAUCACAUCACACCUGAAGAUACGGAGUUGGGUGCCCAUUACGCGGAUGGCUUCUUGGCCAAUAUGUGCCACGGGGUGGGCUACUGCGCCAUCGGCGGGUACAUGAUUGUGGCGGGGCACGGGGACGCCCACGGCAUGGAAUCCAUCCAUGGCAGCAACGCUGGCUACUAUGACAGCAUGUUGCGGGCCGCCUACAACCGCUGUGCCAGUGGCAGCUGCGUGUUGAUUACCAAUCCAGUUGGCCAUCGCACGCAGAGCCGGUUCCACAUCCACUACCGGCACUUCAAUGGCGGCGGUGCCUCGCUGAAGAAGCGUUUGGAGAACCAGCUCUGCGGCACUCAUGGUUGGGAGAACUUCUCCGAGUGCGGCACCGGUAAGGCGAAGUUCUUCUCCGGCUACCCCGCGGUCUUCCGAGAGGUCUUGGGCCAAUAUGGUGGGCACUUGGCCAAUGUGGGCGUCACCGUGUGGCCGGGCUCCUGCGGCCACGGUGUCAUCGUGCUCGCCACGACACACUGCAGCAUUGAGCACAGCAUUAGCGCGAAAGCGGCCUUGCUCUAUGUGUCUCACACACGAACGGCCUAUUGCACUAUCACCGGGCAGCUGAGCAUCCUGACCGAUCCGGAUUGCCGACGUCGAUAUUGGAAGCCUUCUUGGUCCUUGUGCUUUGCGAAGCAGCAGCCGGAGGAGGCUGAAGGGACGGUGGAACCCUGGCAGAGCCAAGACUACGUGCUGGUGCGCUUUGCAAUUGACCAGGCCUCCUUGCAGUCGGUGGUGGACACCUCCUUGCGCUGGGAUGCCCGACACAUCAAGCGGAUUCCCGGCCGCGAGGGCGCGCAUUGGGAGGAAGACGGCACCGUCGAUGCGGACGCAGCACGUGCGGUGCUGCGGCUUGGGGCACUGGACGCGUCGGCAGAGGUGGCGAAAAAGGCCCUGGAAGAUUUGCAGCUGGACGUGGAUGAGGUGCUCUUGAUGGAGUUGGUGGACUAUGCCUCGAAGCGGGGCACUUUGCCAGAGGUCCAAGACUUGGUGGCCAAAGCCUUGGCCGAGGUGCUCACGGAGUUGGAUGAUCCGAAGAAUGCCCAGACGGCGCUGGAGUUGUUGACGCAACUGUUCCGAGAGGAAUCCACAUCCAGGAUCACUGUGGCGAAAUGCUUGGAGAGGAUCUAUGCGACCAAUCUCAAGGACGAAGAGCAGGUCUUCAUGGCCUUCAAGUUCUUACUGCGUCCGGGCUUGAGCCUCACCAACGGGAGCACUCCCGAGGCGAGCGAGCUGCGAGAUGUGCUUUUGGCCGCAGGCAUCAGUUUGAUCGAACAGCACGGGGAGACCUACGCAGAUGGGUUGAUCGCCAUCGUGGAGCAGUUCGAGGACAGCGCUGCCAGCACCGCUGGAGGGGAGUCGGCACACCUGGGCAUCGCGGUCUUUUUGGGCGGCUUGUCCAAGCACUUGGCCGCCGACCACGUGAAGGUCCCCGAAAUUCUACCCCGCCUGCUGCAAAGGCUGCAAGAUAAGACCUCAACCACAUCCGUUCAGAAUGCCAUUGUGAAGGUGAUGCCUCCCUUGAUGAAGCAGAAUAAGGAGAAGGCGGCCGAGACCUUGGACCAACUCUUAGAGACCGCCCUGGCGCCCAAGACCGACGCCGUCACGCGGCGCGGCGCCGCCAUGGGCGUGGGCGCCACGGUGAAAGGUCUUGGUAUCCAGGCGGUGCGGCAACACAACAUCCUGAUAACCAUUGGGGCCGCCGCCGAGGACAAGAAGAGCGCCGCCGUACGUGAGGGCGCGUUGCUAUGCCUGGAGGGGCUGACCAUGAUGCUAGGCCGACUCUUUGAGCCCUACGUGGUCUCAUCUUUGCCACUGUUGCUGCAGAACGGCAGCGUGCGGAACUCCGCAGCUGUGCGAGAAGAUCCCAGCGUCGGAGACUGUGAGCGAUGCAGCAGUUUCAUGACCGUGGUGCCAAACGAACGGAGGAUCGGGGCCUUCAGCGACUCCCAGCAGAGCGUCCGCAAUGCCUCACAGGUCGCCGCCGGUGCCAUGAUGUCGCAGCUCAGUGGUCCAGGUGUCAAGCAGGUCUUAACACCUCUGCUGGCAGGCAUCCAGGACAAACAGUGGCGGACGAAACUGGGCAGUAUCGAGUUGCUGGCCUCUAUGACUCAAUGCUUGGAGAAACAGCUGGCUGCGUGCCUCCCACAGGUGGUGCCCGCGCUGUGCACCGUGAUCAAUGACCAGCACGCCAAGGUGAAGGAAGCUGCCAGAGAAGCCAUCAACAAGGUUGGAAGCAUCAUCAGUAGCCCAGAGAUCAAGGCCAUCGCCCCACAGCUCAUUAGCGCCAUGACCGAUGGAGCUCAGUUUGAGCACAUCACACGUAAUGUGCUUGAUAAGCUUCUGGCGACCUCAUUUGUACAUCACAUUGAUGCGCCAUCCCUUUCAUUGGUGUGCCCACUGAUCCACCGGGCCAUGAAGGAACGUUCCGGCGACAUGAAACGGAAAGGCGCGCAGAUCGUGGGCGCAAUGGUGCUCCUCAUCAAGGAUGCCAAAGAUAUUCAGCCCUACUUGGAGAUGCUGAUCCCACAGCUCAAAGUCACCUUAGUGGAUCAGGUCCCCGACGUGCGGGCGACCUCAGCGAAGGCUUUCGGGACCUUGGCCAAUGCCUUGCCGGAAGACAUGUUGGGCCACUUGGACGGUUUGGCUUCGACGAAGUCGCCGAAGUACAGACGCGACGUGUUGCCGUGGCUCUUCGAGAUGCUCCGCUCCUCGGGCAGCGCCGUGGAGCGCAGCGGCGCCGCGCACGGGCUCUCCGAGGUCUUGAUGGCCAAGGGCUCGGAUCGCAUUGAAAUGCUUUUGCCUGAUAUCCUCACGAACGCCAGCAAUCAGGAAGCGGAUCCAGAAGCCAGGGAAGGCUACAUGGGACUUUUCUGCUACCUUCCCGUGGCCAUGGGAUCCACCUUUGAGCCCCUGGCCUUCACUCGG